AUGUCUACCAAUGCCGACAAGAGCCCGAUGGAUCAGCCUACCUAUAUUUGCCCCAUUGAAGCGGAGCCACUUCAUCGCUACCGACAAGGCGGUUACCACCCAGUCACCUUAGGAGAAUGCCUUAAAGCUGGAAGGUAUAAGGUGUUGCAUAAAUUAGGAUGGGGUGGUUACUCGACAGUUUGGGCGGCGAGAGAUCACAGGACAGAGACUUACGUCGCUGUGAAGAUUUCCGUUGCAGAACAGGACCAUGAUAGGGAGACGCGAGAACUCCAAACCAUGAGGGAAUUGGCAUCUUAUCACCCUAGUCCGACGCAUGUGGUGCAGUUGCUCGAUGAUUUCGACCUAACGGGCCCAAAUGGAUUUCACAAAUGCCUCGUUUAUGAGCUUUUGGGGCCAAACAUUCCGGACGUGAUUGAUGCCCAUUUUACCGGUGGGAGACUCCCUGGAGGGCUUGCCAAAAUCAUUGCCAAGCAAAGUCUUGCCGCGCUUAAUGAUUUACACCAACGAAAUAUUGGACAUGGAGAUUUGCACACCCGCAAUUUGGCCUUUACCAUGCGUUGCAUGGAUAAGGUAACCGAAGACGUUUUCUUUGAGAUUUUAGGAAAACCUGAAAUAGGCCGUGUCCAGAGGCACGAUGGGAAAGACCUCGAGCUCGGCGUGCCGAAGUAUAUCGUGAAGCCUACCUCAUAUCGAACACGUUCUUGGAACUCGACUCAGUCGAUCAAAAUAAUUGACUUCGGAGAAUCAUUUUUAUGUAAUGCCGCUCCUCACACGCUGCACACACCUUUACCAGUUCGGGCACCCGAAGUUCUAUUCCAGGAUCCAAUUGAUUAUCACGUUGACUUGUGGAGUAUGGGCUGCAUGCUCUUUGAACUUUUCACGGGCCAGCCACCUUUUGACACCUUUCUAAUAACGACCCCAAUUCUUAUCAGUCAAAUGCAAGAGAUGGCGAGUGACGAUCUACCUAAAAGAUGGCAAAAGAUAUGGGAUACCAUGGAUAAAGGGGACGUGACCGCGGAAAGCUCCGGGCCCAACCUGCACGAAUGGCUGGAAGAAGUGUAUUUUGAUGGACGCCGGACCCCUGAUCUCACAAGAGAGGAUAUAACGAGGCUGGGAGAAAUCAUUGGAAGAUUGUUGUGUUUUGAACCGUCGGCAAGAGCAUCAGCGAGGCAGAUCCUUGAUGACCCGUGGUUCAAUGAGUAG